AUGCCUGCUCAACGACCCCGCGCGGCUUUUGAGCCGAUUCCUCCUGAUAUCGAUGUCACAGCGCUUGUGGAAUCAACGCCGAAUUUUGAAUUCGUCGUAAGGAUACAUUGUGAUGCGAUCGAUGAACAGGGGUUGGAGAAUUUCGAAAAAUUGGUUCUUCUUCAUGUGAUACUUGGUGGAAAGCCCCUGGUUGUUGAAGGAUACGACACGCGACUAGAGAAGUGGAUAUUUUCAGAACAAUGGCUUAGGGAUAACUACUCUACGAAGACGGAAAAUGCGCGAAAUCUCACAACAAAAUCCAAUCUUCCUCUCACUAUCGGCCAUUACUUGAACAAUAUGUCUCUUUUGACCGACCAAUGGAACUUGUCAAAUUACACGGAUCCGACACGUCAGAGAAUAUAUUUGAAGGAUAUUGACUGUCCAGACGUCUGGCACGAAAAGCUCAAAGAGAUCAUCCCCCCGUUUCUCUUUUACCUCAAUGAAUCCACGGGGGAUGUUGGGGGUGUCGGAGCAACGCUGGAACCAAAUCCCUACGGCCCUGGAGUGAAGGCAGGAAGAGGAAUUGCGAGGGCAGGUGACUUGAUGAGCAGUCUUCCUCCGGAAAUGAGGGCCGAAAAUCUCAUGUGCUAUAUUGGUCAUGAGGGUACAUAUACGCCUUGUCAUCAAGAGAUGUGCGCCAGUCUUGGUCACAACAUAAUGGUGGAAGCGUCAUCUGGACUUGUCGAACAUGGAAAGCUUACGAAACCAGGUUCAUCCAUUUGGUUCAUGACUGAGACUAAAGACCGUCAUCUCGUGUCGGAAUAUUGGUCAUCUGUACUUGGCCACGAUAUUGAUCUCGAGGAUCAUUUUGCCCAAAUAAAUGCAUGGAAGGCAGCACCAUUCAAGACGUAUGUGGUAGAACAAAGAGUGGGUGAUUUCAUCCUCAUUCCACCUCUGGCGGCCCAUCAGGUCUGGAAUCGAGGAACCCGAACAAUGAAAGUUGCCUGGAAUCGCACUACUGCUGAGACCCUGGAAAUGGCCUUGGACGAAGCCCUUCCCCGCGCGAGGGCUGUCUGUCGGGACGAGCAGUACAAGAACAAGGCAAUCGUGUUUUAUUCCCUUGAGAGGUACUCCAAGCUCCUUCGCACUGCUGAGGAACGCAACCUCAACAGUCCCAAGAUACGCCAAUUGCAGAAAGAUUUUCGAAGGCUUUUUGCCUUAUACACACGGAUCUUACUCUCAGAGAGUUUUGCAGAGGAUUUGCCUGAAGAGAAAAAUGUCCAGUUCCUUCCCUUUGAAAGCAAUGUGACUUGUGCUUAUUGUCGGUGUAAUAUCUUUAACCGGUUUCUCACUUGUCCUUCUUGUGUUGGUAAACUUCCUAAUGGCGAAGACGAUUACUAUGAUAUCUGCAUGGAAUGUUAUGCCAUGGGCCGAAGCUGCGCUUGCAUUUCGAAACUCAAGUGGGUGGAACAAUUUCGUUGGGGAGAACUGAUCGAAAAACACGAAAGCUGGAGAAGGCAGAUCCUCAGGUUCACCGGCCACCGUGGUGAUCAAUACCAGCCUUUUGCAGUCGAGAAGAGUAAACUGGGGAAAAGAACCUUGGCUGAAGUUUGCCAAAGAGAGCUAAGGAGAAGACCAUGGGUAGACAUUACCAAACCGCCUGCACGCCAAAAAAAUGAUGACAGCAUUAUCGAUGACAACGACGAUGGUCGACCUCGAAAGCGAAGAAAAGUUCGCCGAUCAGAAAAGUGGCACAAGGAACAUGGAAGAUGCCAUAUUUGUAAGGCACCAGAACCGACGUGGAAAAUUGCUUCCUGUACGUCGUGCGACUUGAACUAUUGCUAUGGUAGCCUCUUCAGAGCUUUUGAGAUCAUGCCGCAGACCGUCUUGGAGGACUAUAGCUGGAAAUGCCCGAAGUGUCGCAAGAUUUGCAGCUGCGGUGCUUGUCGUCGAGAUCCUACCAUGACACCAUAUGAGCCCAAGGGUCUCUUACUCGGUCAUGAUACGAGAAAGGUGGCGGAUCCUCGCAGUGUAGAAGCUUUGGUGAAUUUCAGUCAUUCAAAUAUCGUGUGGCUUAAAAAGGCUGGCGAUGGUAACCGGGACGAUUCCCGUCGACUGCAAAGGCAUCGAGAGGAGGCUGAGAUGGCGAAGAUGCAUGCCCUCGCAGCAAGUGAAGACUACGAUGAACUUGAGAAUGAGGGCCCUGUGGAAGGCGAAAAUCCGCAUAUGGUAGACUAUGAAAAUAUCCCAAUUGACCCCGCCCUCGGCGCAGCAGUUGGGGUGCCUUCAACCGAAAACGGAGAUGAUCGUACCUUCACGAGUGCGUCUCGAAAGGGCCAGGAUGAUGGCUUCCGUGAUGCGGCGGCAAUUAGAUUUGAGUAUCCUGAUCUAGAGGAUACAUCUUCUGCGCCGCCCGCAGAGGCUCCCAGACCUACACUCUCGGAAAUGUUUCCACCAUUGCCUUCCAAUGACAGCGAACAGGCUUUGAGUUCUGCAAUAGAGGGAAACAGCCGGCUCAAUGGAGACUCAAGUUUGCAAGACGGGGCUUCCAGUUCUCUGAAAUCUGGUGGAAGCCGAGGCAUGUCCAAGAGGCUCAUUGUUCGCCUCAAGAUUGGUAGGAAAGGAAUGGAAGCUUUCGUACGCUCGCAGCGUCCCGCCGAUAAUCAUGACAAAGAACGACGACCAACAACAAGUUCUGCGAUUAUCCAGUCAGAUCUGACGAAUCCCAAUUCAGUGUCUCAACCUUUGCGCCCCAAAUCUAAUCUACCGAAGGCGCGUAAGAGUCGAGGUGAAAAGGACGAGGACUUUACUCCUGGCAAAGGACGGGCGGUGAAGAUUCCGAAUAAUAAAUUGGAUAGACCGAAGCCAACUAGGGCUGUGAGGGUGAAUUAUUUUGAGGACUCCGACGUAUCGGAUGAUUCAUGA